AUGCUUUUCAAACGGGUGGCAACACCGCGCGUCGGCUGGUAUGGCCUAGGGUCUAUGGGUCUUCCCAUGGCCAUGAAUCUGCAGCGCUACCUGUUCAACACACUGGAACCCAGCCUGACAUACUACAACCGGACGAUAUCUGCCGGCGAGCCCUUGGACGAGCUAGGCGCAGUCGCUGCGACAAGUCUGUUGGACCUUGUUAAAAAAUGCGACAUCAUAUUUACCAUGCUGGCAAACGACAAGGUCGUCACACAAUCAGUCGACGCCAUAACCAGAUCAGACACUCCACUUGAUAAGAAGAUAUUCAUCGAUUGCUCAACGGUGCACCCAGAUACCACUGAUCUCGUAUCUAAGACCCUAUCUGCCCUCGGGGCUGUUUUCUUAUCGGCCCCGGUUUUCGGUGGACCCGCGGUAGCGGCAUCGGGAUCCCUUGUCUUUGCUAUCGGGGGGCCGAGACCGCGUGCUGUCGAUGUAUGCCGGUAUAUCGAAGGGGUAAUGGGGAGAAAAGUUGUCGAGUGUGGGGAGGAAGCAAAGAACGCGGCGCUGCUGAAGAUCGGCGGGAAUAUUGUCACGCUAAGCAUGAUGGAGGCAGUCGGGGAAGCACAGGUCUUUGCAGAGCAAACGGGGCUUGGGACCGAUGCAAUGGAAGAACUCAUUACCGAGUCCUUUGGGCCGGUUGCCGGGGGUUAUUCGAAGAGAUUGACAAGCGGUAUCUACGCACCCCCGUUGGAGACGCGGCCUGGGUUUGGAGUUUCAUUGGGUAUCAAGGACGCUGAGCAUGCAUUAUCUCUGGCAAAGAGGGUCGACGCUAGGCUGCCCGGGGUGGAGAUCGCGCAUGGCAACAUGCAAUCUGCGCGAGAUUACGCCGGCGAGUGCUUGGAUAGCAGCUCGAUGUACGGGAUCCUGCGGAUGGAGGCUGGGAUGUCCUUCUGGAAUGACGCCAGUCAGGGGGAGGAUCCUGGACAGCAACAGACUAGAUAG